AUGGCUAAAUCAUUUGAUAGUCAUGAUUGGGAGAAUGAUGCUGAAUGGAACCGUUAUUUAAAUAAUCUUUACUUUCCAAACGACACUAUGCGCGAACAUUUAAUAUUCAAAUUUAAACAGAGAUACUAUAAAGAUCAGAUUGAUCCAGAUUAUGUUGUAAGAGAUUAUAAAGCUAAUGCAUCAUCAUCAACAUCAACAACUUCAUCAAAUACUACCAAUCAAAGAACCUCACCAUCUAAUAAUAAUAAUAGUAAUAAUAAUCAACAAAGAUCAUCUUCACCUCCACCUACACAACAAUCACAACAACAACCACAACCAGCAGCAGCAGCAAGAGCAUCACCACAAUAUUCACAUUUCUUAUAUGUUUCAUGGGUGGUUGCACAACUUGCAAUAUUCCUAUUGACUAUACUGUUCUUGUUCACCAACAAUCCAACCUACUUUUACAGAGCAUUCCUAGCAUCGAUCAUCUCCUAUUCGAUCCCACUGUUCCAAACCUAUGAAGGUACAUUCGAUAGAGAACGUCUCAUUGAUACUGCCUUGAAAAAUGAUAAUGCUCAUUUCCUCAUGUUGGGUCUAAUCAUGUAUUUCCUUGGUCCACCAUCAUUAGUUUUGUUAAUGCCCAACUUUACAUAUUCAUUAUUCCACUUGCUCGGUGUUCUUGCACCAAAAGUUAGAAACAAUGCAUUCAUCUACAAGUAUGUAACAUUGUUGCAAUCAAAGAGACAGAGAGCCAUCGAAUUUGCUGUUCAAAUGGAGAUGUGGAUCAUGGUAUUCCUUAUUUUCAGUAUAUUUAGAGGAGCAUCACCGAUUUGCGUAUUUGCAUAUUAUAAGUUCUUAAAGAUUCGUUAUGCCACCAACCAAAUGAGUCGUAUGAUGUUCGCUGAAGUCGGUCGUAAGGUAGAUCAUUUCGUCAACACAACUGCGUGGUUACCAUCACUCCUUAGAAAGAUAAUCAUCAAAGUCAAAGCAUAUGUUUCACAAGAAUAA